CAUUUGGUCUUCGAGCUUUUCACCUGCGAACAAAAAAACAGAGUUUCAGCGAUUAGUGUUUUUCAGUUUUCUUCAGUCUUUCAGCGAUUAGUCUUCUUCAAACCUUCAGCGAUUAGUCUUCUUGUUCGUCAUCUGGCUUCAUCUCUUCAAGCUUUAACACCGAAAAAACAGAGUGCUUCAUCCACGGAACGUACAAUGACAAAAGGUCCUCUUAACCUUUAUUUCUCGGCAAAACAACAAGAAAAGGGAAAAGGUGAAGAAGGUUUAGGUUUAGAAGCCAAGAAGAUUUUAAGAGAUCGCGCCGUAAGUGCCUUUGCAGCAUGGAUGUACGAUGCAUGGCUUCUUUUCAACUGUGUUAACUACAAAACUUUUGAUAAAUUUAUUGAGGUCGUAGAACAAUAUGGCCCAGGAAUGAAGCCUCCUAGCUAUCAUGAAGUUAGAGUAAAUUAUCUUAAAAAGGAGGUGAAGAAGAUAGACCAAAUUAUUGAGGAGCAUAAAGUGGAAUGGAACAAGUUUGGAUGUUCCAUUAUGAUGGAUAAAUGGACAACAGAGAAUAGAAAAAUGAUCAUAAAUGUGUUGGUGAACUCUCCAAGGAGUAGUGUUUUUCUUGAAUCUCACGAUGCUAGCAACUCUUCUAUGGAUCGAAGCAAAAUGUACAACUUGUUUAGAAAGACUAUUGAUAAAAUUGAAAAGGAAAAUAUUGUACAAAUUGUUACAGAUAAUGCGAGUGAGAAUAUUAGUGCGGGGAAGAUGAUGGAAGCUAUGUAUCCAAAUAUUUAUUGGACUCCACGUACUGCCCAUUGCAUCAACUUAAUGUUUGGUGACAUAUUCAAGGAAAACCCAUAUGCUUCAGUUUUUACUAAGGCCGUCAAGGUAUAUUCUUACAUCAGUCAGAGGCCGUUGUAGUCGAAUUUGAUGAGGAAAUUCAUAAAUGAAAGAAAUUUGGUGAGACCGGCCAAGACGAUUUGCAAUAGCUCUCUUAACUUUGCAUAGUUUUUACUUGCAAAAGAAAAAUUUGUAAAAACUAGUUCUUUCGAAUGAAUGGAAAGAUAAUAAAUAUGCAAAGGAAGCUGCGGGAAAAGAAACUGCUAAAGUUCUUAUUUCUCCAUCAUUGUGGAAUGACGUCGUUCGGGCUUUUAAAGUUGGUGGUCCUUUGAUUAAGGUGCUUCAUAUGGUGGAUGGGGAGAGGAAACCACCAAUGGGAUACCUUUAUGAAGCUAUGGAUAGAGUUAAAGAGAGUAUUACAACGUCAUUUAAGGGAGAUGUUAGGAAAUAUGAGAAAGUUUUUGAGAUAAUUGAUACCAGGAGGGACAAUCAACUCCAUCGACCUUUACAUGCAGCAGGCCAUCUCCUAAACCCAGGAUUAUUUUAUAAGAACACUAGAGAUGAAACUUUAGCUUCAAAGGUGUGAAUUGGAUACCAUUCAUGUCUUGAAAAGUUGAUCCCUAAUUCAGCGACGAUAGAUCAUAUAAGGGAGGAGUUUGGUAAGUACUCACAAGCAGAGAGCCUAUUUGGUUUACCAGCUGCCAUUAGAGACAGAGACAUAAGUUGAAUGGUGUAAGCAAUUUGGACAUCAAACUUCAAACUUGCAAAGGUUUGCCAUCAAAGUACUAAGCCUAACUUGUAGUGUAUCUGGAUGCGAGAGAAAUUGGAGCGUAUUUGAGCAUAUUCACGCCAAGAAAAGGAAUAGGCUUCAGCUAUCGCGUCUCAAUGAUCUAGUGUAUAUUAAAUAUAAUAGAACAUUGAGUCGACGUUAUGAAGCUCGCGAUACCAUUGAUCCAAUUUUGUUGGACAACAUUGACGAGGCAAAUGAAUGGUUAACUGGAACACCCUAAAAUCAUGAAGAUGAACAAGUAUAUGAAGGAGAUGAUCUUGAUUAGGGUAUUGUUUCUAUGGCGGUUGGAGUUGAGGAGAAUAUCUAUGGACUUAGAGGGAGUUCUUCAAGUUACAAGGGAAAGAGAGUAGCAAGUUCAAGACGGUCCCUAAUUGAUAAAGAGUCUGAGGAUGAAGAAGAUGAUAGCCAAUAUAAUGCUAACAUUAAUGAUGUUGUAGAAUUUGAAAAUCUUGAAGAAGAAUAGAUAUUGCUUGUUUUAGAGUUUAGACUAUUAGACUUUAAUUUAUGAAUGUACUAUGAGUCUAUGACUA